AUGAGGAGGGCGGAGGCGAGGAGGGAGGAGGAGGAGAGGGUCAGGAAGGAGAGGAGGGAGAGGGAGGAGAUGGGAGGGGAGAAGCAGAAGGAGGUAAGGGAGAAGAGGAGGGAGGAGCUGGAGGAGGCGAGAUUUAUGCCUGUGGCGAGGGGGGUGGAGGAUGAAGAGUUGAAUAGGGAGUUGAAGGGGAGGUUGAGGUGGGAUGAUCCGGCGAUGGCGUUCUUGACGCAGAAGGAGGAGGGUGGAGGGGGUGGAGGGGGUGGAAGUACGGCUGCUGCGUCGGGGACGGGGAAGAAGACGUAUAAGGGGGCUGCGGCGCCGAAUCGUUAUGGGAUUCGCCCGGGGCAUAGGUGGGAUGGGGUGGAUCGUGGGAAUGGGUGGGAGGGUGAGAGGUUCAGGGCGCUGAAUAGGACGAAGAGGAAUAAGGAGCUGGAUUUUGCAUGGCAGGAGGAUACUUGAAGGAGCUGUUACGUUGCUCUAGUUGGUGGUGGUUGGAAGGGAGACUGUAUUAUAUCCCCGUAGCACGGAAGCUUGAAUACUGAUGAUAUCACUGUGUUGCAUAUUGUAGGAAUUUGGAAAAUGGAUAAGUUAAUGGAU